AUGUCCUUCGACCGCGACCACGCUCCCCAACCAGUUCUCCUUCCCCCAACACCUCAAUAUGCGACCGACCGUCGAGACGAGCCAGUUACUGCCACAAGCUUCAACACCAUGCCUACUCCACCUUCAGACCUGCCCUUGCUCUCUCGAAUACAGAUAUACUCGACAUCGGUUCCGAAGGCGUGGAUAAGCCCUAUCUGUGGCGCCGGCGCGGGUCUGGCUUCUGGCAUAGUGACGUGCCCUCUCGAUGUGAUCAAAACCAAAUUGCAAGCCCAAGGCGGCUUUGCUAAUAGAAACAAGACACAAUUUCAGACCUCAAAGCAGCUAUACCGUGGAAUUUUCGGUACUGGAUCGGUAAUAUGGAAGGAAGAGGGAUUACGAGGCAUGUACCGUGGGCUCGGACCUAUGCUGAUGGGAUACCUCCCGACAUGGGCAGUCUACCUCACCGUCUACGAGAAUACCAGAGACUAUUACUACGAUCAAUGUGGGAGCUGGUGGGUGGCUAGAUGUUAUUCGUCCCUGACGGCUGGGGCUUGCUCAACCGUGCUUACCAAUCCGAUAUGGGUCAUCAAAACCAGGCUCAUGUCACAAAGUACGCGAGGCACCACUGAUGGCAUGCGGGCACCAUGGCACUACACAUCCACCUUGGACGCCGCAAGGAAGAUGUAUCGAGCCGAAGGAAUGAGAGCCUUCUACUCCGGCCUCACUCCAGCUCUCCUUGGACUGACGCAUGUUGCUGUACAAUUCCCAUUGUACGAGUGGUUCAAGAUGAAGUUUACAGGCUACGGUAUGGGCGAGCAUCCGAAAGAUGGCCAUAGCCACUUUCUCGGUAUCUCUGCAGCAACCUUUCUCAGCAAGGUUUGUGCUAGCACGGCGACAUAUCCACAUGAAGUGCUUCGGACUCGGCUACAGACGCAGCAGCGUCAAGCAAGCGUCGCCAGCUCGGAUGGUAUGCGCGCGGCACAACAAUACAAAGGAGUGAUUUCCACAUGCAGAGUCAUGUUGGCCGAGGAAGGCUGGCGGGCAUUCUAUGCUGGGAUAGGGGUCAAUCUCGUUCGAGCAGUACCAGCAGCGAUGACGACUAUGUUGACAUAUGAGUACCUGCAGCGUGGCAUCCAAGAGAUGCAAGCCGAAGGAGCGGAGAAAAUGAAGCCGCAUGAUGGCUAUUCUGUAUGA